CUGCACAAGAUCAUUGAGUGCAAGGCCACUCGGACUUGGGACGAUGUGGGCGACACCAUUUGCUCGCGCAUCGGCAGAGUCCUCACCAUGCGGGACGGCAAGCCCGUCUGCAGCGACUGGCAACGACUCAGCGGUUGCGCCGAAACCACUCACGACUGGAGGCACUUUUGCUCCGGUUGUGGCAUAUCCUCUCACGGAGCUCAAACUUGCCUUUGA